AUUCAACCCACUUUUAUUUCGGAAUACAAAACAUACACCACUCAAAAAUAUAUUUUAAAAUUAGGAAAAGAAAAGAUGAUAAAGGCAAGACGUCCGUGAUGGCCUAAGUAUUCGCUCCCACGCGCCUGCACAACGUCCCAUCAUUACUCUCCCUCUCCUCGCUUUCUCUCUCUCCUUUGUCUCCCUUAUAUAAACUUCUUAUCCUUCCAACCCUCUCAUCGCCACACACCCAAUACGUGUUAUCUCUGUUUCAACCCCUAGCUCGAUUCUUUUUUCUUCUGUACUCAUGGAAGAUUACGUUUCCAGAAAGCGAGUUCGUGAUGACUCGGACGAGUUCGAGUUGGACUCGCCUGAGGUUAAGAGGCUCCGCGACGACCUCCUCUGUAUUCUCGAUGACUCUGAUCCUCUUGCCGACAAGGAUCCCGCUACUCAUGACCUGGCCUCCGUUAUGAAAAUAUUUGAAGAACAGAUAUCGGCGUCUCCUCCCCGGCCGGUGCCUGUCGUCGAUUUGACGUCGGAUUCGGGCGAGUCCCAGCCGGAUAUAAGUUUCCUUCUAGAAGCUUCAGAUGACGAGCUCGGCCUCCCGCCUUCUUGGUCGUCUUCGAGUGAGGAGUUGAAGAGCGAAGAUGCUAAGUUUGUGCAAAUUUCGACCGAGUCGAGUGGACUCAGUGAGUUUUGGGGUUUCGGUGACGAGAUCCCGAGUUAUGACUCAUUCGAGUUUGGGUUUGGGGAAACUCACACCGUUGCUAAUAACUACGGCGAGUACGUUGCGUUGGAAGGACUGUUUGAUCAUUCGGAUAUAAGUUUCGGGUCAACCGAUUUUUCGGAAUUUUCGUGGCGGCACGAAACCCUCCCGGCGCUGUAGUCCGAAACGAUGCGUUGCCUUCAAAACAAUGGCCAACAUGUAAAUUUUUUAUUUUUUUCAAAAGACUAAAAAAUCAUAGUUGGUAGGAAUAGGAUCAGAAUGAAAUGAAAGAGGCUUUAAGUCAGUGGGAAA